GGCAAGCGAUUUUAACCCGAUCUAGUUAGAGUUAUCUUGCACGCUUUCAACUCUUCUUCGUCCACGUGUGUGUCUCAUCCAUUCGUGCACUUCAUAAUUGUCCAGAUUAUCGAAGAUCAAAAAUACCAUAAUUGACACUUUUUGCCAAAUAAAGCCUGCACGUUAAAAUCAUGAUAGCUGUUUAAAAAAAAAAGAAAUACAUGUGUUCUUUUUCAAAAAACAUGUGUUACUAAACUGGUACAAUCAAAAAUCUGUUUAACUUAUACUUUUAAAAUGAUUUAAGUCUAAUCCAUAUCAUUUAGUUUGGAAAUUAAUUGCAAUUUGAUUUAUAAAAUUUCAUAUUUUUGUGUUUUAUAUGUGUAAACCUUAAUUCAACUAAUCCUAAGACAAUAUAUAUCGGUAAUCUGAUUCUGAAUGUUACAUUUUCUGAUAAAGUUUAAGAUAGGAUAUCAUCUUCGUCUAAUCAUUAAUUUAGUUUCUAGUAGAAACAAACCCAUAAUCGACAAAUUUAAUUAACUCUUGCUUAAGUUACUUAAUGUUUGUGGUUUUUCACUUUAAAAUCUUUGGGUAUAAAUUUGUUUACCAAAAUAAAAUCUUUUGGUAUACAUUUGUAUAUAAACUUUGAAAAGUUCAAAUUCGCUGUUUUUAUGCUUUUUUGUAAAGCAAUGGCUUGAUUAAAGAAGGUAGAAGGGUGUGUCUAGAGCUAUGUAAAAAACUCAGUUAUGGUAAUAUAUAUAUUAUUUCAAUGAAAAAACUAAUUCAAAUAGUAUUGGUGUGGCGGUAUAAAAAGGAUUUCAGUUUAACGUAACUUCAUUGUCAAUGUUUGCUAGAAAAACAUAAAAUCAUGUUACAGCUAUACAUAUUCACUAACCAUUCAACCUAAUGCGAUUUAUGUUUAUCAGUCAAAACAAAAUAAAAUGCUCAGCUGGCAACUCCACAGAGUGACAACGAUCAAUUUUGCAGUUUUAUCCGCAUCAACAUAUGCCGACGUGGAACUAUAAGGAAAAAAUCAAAAUUUCCUAUUCAACGGCGAAGCGCAGGUAGCAGAGUGGGAGAAAGAGAGAUAGUAAAAUCAUUUACACACAUACACGUGUACUUACAUACUUACUAGAUUUAUCACCACACGUUCAGAUUCGGACCAAAAGUAUACAGAGAUAUGUCUGCGAGUUUUAUGGCGAUCGCGAAGUCGUCGGAGACAGAGUUCGUGAGUUGCGAAUGUUGCGGUAUGACGGAAGAGUACACGGCGGCGUAUAUGGAGAGCGUACGCGUUCUCUACGCCGGGAAACUGAUCUGCGGGAUCUGUUCCGAGGCGGUGAGUUACGAGAUGUUCCGGAGACAGAUCGGCGUCGACGAGGCUUUAGCGAUUCACGUGAAGGUUUGCGGCGAGUUUUUGUCUUCUCCGUCUCCGACCGUCGAUUUCAUAUCGGCGAUCGGAGAGAUGUUUAGGAGAAGAUUGGUUCUGGGUUUGCCGAGGGUCGUGGCUUCAGCUUUGCCGUCGCCGAGGAGUGUUCCGGCUGUUGACGGUGGAGUGGUUUGUGCUGCGGCGGUGAUUGGUGGAGCUGGGAGUUGCUUGCCUGCUUUGUCCGGUGGCGUGUAGAUUCGAAUAUUCCGCGAAGAAUCAAACUGAGAAGGAAGCGUGUGUGUGAAGGAAGAUUAGGAAUAAAAUAUAUUAUUAAAAAUUAGAGAAAAGAUGUUUAAAAGGAAAAAAAAAACGGGAAAUAAAAAAUGAUGUAAAUAGAAUUGAAAAUUAGGAUAUCGUUUUGUUGUAAUAUAUUGUAACUAUUUAUGUGGCAAUGUCAAGUGUUGAUGUGAGUCCUUAACUAAUGGAAGUUUUGGUGUGUGAUAAUAAGGACUGGUUGUUGGAUUUUUUUUUACGAUAUGAUUUUAAAUUAAUUUAUCGUUAAUUUUGGCCCAAAUGUUCGUUUAAAUAACCGAAUGUUAAAUAAGAUAUAAUUGUCACCAUGUUUAUCUUGUGUUAUGACAAAAAAAAACCAUAAUGUUGUUUUUAAAAUGGUCAAAACAUGAUAAUUUUUAAUUUAAUUACAGAACCAAGUAACAAAUAAUAUGUGUAAUGUGGAACUUGUUUUCUCAUCUAGUCUAGUCUUCAGUAAUCAAUAUUAAUCGAAAUUUAAAUAUUAGAGGAAGAUUCUAGGUUCCACUAAGUGUUUUAAAUUUCUCAAAAUAUAAUUUGGCCGACUUCUACGAAAGAAAAACGUUGUAUCACCACAAGGAAUAAUGCUUCGUAAUAUGCUCAGACAGCUAUAUUUAAAUAAACUUAUUAUUAUAGUAUUUUUUUUUUUUUGUCAACCAUUUCGUUUUAUUAAACGAAAACCCAUUACAAGUAGACAAACCAUUCCCUUACAAAAUUGAAAUUAAGCCCAAUAUGAAGCCCAAGCUAAGAAGAUAAUAUUAACUUAAUGCAAGACACGUGUAGCAUAUGCAGGAACUUCGAAUUUUCUGGAAACGGUGAGAUUGAUCCAUGGUUCGCCGGCUACAUGUCGGUACGAAUCCACCGGUCUCUCUCUCCGGAUAGUUUGUUCCACUUGCUUGCUUCUACAACUCUUGAUCACCGUCAAUCCCUGGAAGUUCUUCUUCAAUUUACCAGAGGUGAACUUUGAGAGAAGCUUCAAGGAGAUAGCAACAAAUCCUUAUCGGAACGUCUUUUACAGACUCCGCCUUAUCUGAAUCUGUGCUGAAUCUUCCCACUGCUUCAACUAUCAUCUCUGUUCUUUAUCAACAAGGAGACUUUGCUUGUGAGUCAGAGCAAAGAUUGAUUCCUAUUUCAAAAUAAAACAGAGCAUAA